GUCGUCUCGUAUACGGCCUUGGCCUCAUCUGCCAGAGUGAUUUUGAGGGCCAACGAUAAAAAGACAAAAGAAAAUGUCGUUUGGCUUCUCAAUCACAGACUUCAAGGAGGUCAUCAAGUUAUCGUGGGAUCUGUACGUCAGCCUAAAGGAAGGGCCGGAAGAGAUCAAGAACAUCGCGCGGGACUUGGCGACAAUCUACGGAGUCCUCAACCACAUUCACGACGACAUCAGCGGGGACGACUCGGCCAUCAAGGCCCACGGCGAGGGAAGAGUGAAGAUGCUACAGACAAUGACGCUGAAACUCAAGGCCACGCUCGACGAGGUGCAGAGGUUGGUCGACAAAUUUCGGCCCAUGGCAGCAACGUCCAAAAUCCCCGAGCAACUCUGGAUCAAGGUGAAAUGGGUGGCUGGACAAAAGAGGAUCAAGCGGAUUCACCAAGACAUCUCGUUCCAUAUCUCGAGUUUCAACCUCUUGAUGACGUCCAUGGGCAAUUCCUCCCUCCGAAGAAUCGAGGCGGGGCUGCAAGAGAUGCGCUUUGAUUCACACAAAGGCUCCGAGUCACUCAAGUCAGCUCGUACAAAUACUUGGACAACGGAAACAACAGCGCGAGAUGAUGACCAGGAUGGCGACGUCGACAACGAGGUGGAAGUCGACGAUGAAGACGUUGAAGAUGACCAGAGGAUGGUACCAGCCCCUUCGCCUCAGUCAAACGGACAUCAGAGAAAGCCGCGCUCGCCACCUACCGGAACAGCAAAUACACCUGCACAAGAUGUCAAUAGUGAUAACGGAGUACCGUUCAACUGGCCCAAGGGUUUGACUCCAGCCGUGACGUUGCGGUCUCCCGAGUUUGUGGCCCGAAUCGAGUCUCUAUCGACCGGAGAACAAAGUCAACUUGCAGAAAUCAUUUUCGCAAAUUGCCGCACAGCAUGCUUCGAUUUCUAUCGCAAUAACGCUCUCUGGCGCGCCAAAUUUGCCACGUCAGACACUUCGCAUGAUCGCAGGCUUUUCGAGCUUGAUAAUGGCACCUUUCCGAAGACGCCGAACGAUCUUGAUUUAGUUCAAUGGCUGCUUAAGAUCAGAUAUACCACGUCGUCGAUCGCGCCGCCGGAUGCGGUCAGUACGAUGGCGUUCUGGGAUUACAACGGGAUGCAUUCGACGUUUGCAUGGUCGACGAGAAUCCCGGCAUUGAUUGAUGUGUUUGAUAAAAUCGACACCGACGUCUUCGAGGAGUGUUUGUUGUGCAGUAUUCAUUUAUGUCAGCAUUUACAGGCCUGGAAUGCUGCAGGCCGAUUGAAGGCCCUCUGGAAAAUGAUCCACACAUCCUCAUUGCCAUCAAAGGAGGAUUGGUGGAAGAUCCUGGCCAAGCUGGAGCCGGGAUCGUCCACGGCCCAUGCAAUGGUCGGUGUCCGUUGA